AUGGCACCGGCGGUUUUGGCUAACCUAAACGAACCGUCGUUUCAGGGACAGUGUGGCGCCGUUUUUAUGAGGAAAUACACCAACCAACCCCUUUCCGAUGAUUUCAAUAAUCCCCCUUUCAACCCUAACCCUAACCACAAUUCGAGCAAGCAUUUCGACGAUUCCUUAGCUCAUGGAGACUACGUUUCCUAUGAUCUCGACGGAAACACCGCGAGUCAGCUCAGGGAGCUGAAGAAGCGCCUCAAUUUGGAGCUCGAGCAAGUUCGGUUCCUCAGAGAACGGAUCGAAUCGGGUACGUUCGUGAGCGGUUCUGUUUACUCUACCCAGGCUCGUAGCUUUGCUGAUGAGACGAAUGACGUCGGAGUGAAGAAGGCGAAGAAGAAGAAAAUUGGGCAAGGUCAGAAGCGAAGCAGCCCAUUUGCUGCGAACGAGCCUGGCCUUAAGCGUCCGGUGGCCUUGGAUCCGAAGUUGGAGAAGGCGUUGAAGAGUGUCAUGUCAACGUGCGGUCAGAUCUUGGCGAAGCUGAUGAAGCACAAAUGGUCAUGGGUCUUCCUCAAUCCUGUUGAUGUGUUGGGUUUAGGGCUUCAUGAUUACCAUCUGAUCGUGAAGAAGCCUAUGGAUCUGGGUACGGUGAAGCUGAAUCUGGAAAAGGGAUUUUACAAAUCGCCGAUCGAUUUCGCCGCCGAUGUUAGGUUGACUUUCACCAAUGCAAUGGCGUAUAACCCAAAGGGGCAAGACGUUUAUUUGAUGGCGGAGAAGCUUCUGAGUCAAUUUGACGUUUGGUUCAACCCUACAUUGCAGAAGUUCGAGGCUCAACAGUUAAAGGUCUUGGGAUCGUCUUCUCGUCCUGAAUCUGAUUUCAAGCAAAGAGAGUGGAAUCAGAAUCAGAAUCAGUAUCAGAAUCAGGUGGUGGAGAAUGUAAGGAAAGGACCGGAGCAGAUUUCUAUCGCUAAGAAGCUAGAUUCAGUGAAGCCACUACCUACAUUGCCUCCUCCAGUAAUGGAGCUUCCACGUGUCCCCUCUCCUCCGUCACCGGCUCAGCCAUCACCACCACCACCACCACCUCCCCAGCCGGCUAGCCCUGUGGAAGCACCUGUUGUAGUGAGUGAAGCGAGUAAGGGAAGGAAGGGCAAGUUACCAAAGCCCAAGGCUAAGGAUCCAAACAAGCGGCAAAUGACAAUGGAGGAGAAGUCGAAGCUUGGCCUAAAUCUUCAGGAAUUGCCUCCGGAGAAGCUUGGACAGUUGAUUCAGAUUCUUAGGAAGAGAACUACACAUUUACCUCAAGACGGCGACGAAAUUGAGUUAGAUAUCGAAGCCUUAGACAAUGAGACUCUUUGGGAGCUUGAUCGUUUUGUCACAAACUACAAGAAGAUGGCGAGCAAGAUCAAGCGGCAAGGGUUUAUCCAGAAUGUGUCGACUCCCCCAAGAAACAUGCCUCUGGUGACAGAAAUGGCAAGUGCUGAGAAGAGAGGGCGAAAAGGAGGGGAUGCAGGAGAAGAAGAUGUGGACAUUGGAGAAGAUAUACCAAUUGAGGAUUAUCCAUCAGUUGAGAUUGAAAGGGAUGGUACAGCAGCAGCUACUUCGAAUGGCGGUGCGUCUAGUUCUUCUGGCAGCUCCAGUUCCAGUGGCAGUUCUUCGUCUAGUGAUUCGGAGUCUGGGAGUUCAUCGGGAAGUGAUUCCGAUGCGGACAGUGUGCAAUCUCCAUUUGUAGAGGCAAAAGAAGGGUCGUGA